GUGCCAUGACUCAAAAUAUGCCUACAGAGAUUUUAGGCAAAAUAAGUCCAGAAGAUGUUCCCAAUAUACAAAGCAUUUCACCAGAUGCGAAAAUAGGUUAUAUGUUAGAAGUUGAUUUAGAGGUCCCAGUGCACUUACACGAUUUCUUUGCAGAUUUUCCUUUAUCGCCAGAAAAGCAAAUAGUGCCAGAAAACUGGCUUAGCUUAUAUAAUGAAAAAUUAAUACGUGACAAGGCAGUUGGAGAUGGAAAAUACGU